UGGCCGGUUUCCACCCUCACAAAUCCUCUCCUCCUCCUCUCUCUCUCUCCAUCUCUCUCCCUAACGAAGAUACAGUCCGUAGGUAUGAUACUCUCUGUAAAUCAGCUCUUCAUCCACAAAGAUCUUCAUCCCUAUCCUCUUCUCAAUCCAAUCAUCAUCAAAAUCCAUGGGAGAAGCUUCCAGAUCAAUAGGACCGUUAGUUCCAUCGGUAAAGUUAUCCGAAUCUUUAGAAGAAGAAGAAGAAGCAGCAUCGGCUUCAGCUCCACCGACCGAGAUUCUUAUACCUCCGCCGGAAACUGUUUCAGAGGAGGAAAUCGGAGGAUUGGAUAUGGAGAAAGAGAAGGAUUUCCUUUGUCCUAUAUGUAUGGAGAUAAUUAAGGAUGCGUUUUUAACUUCUUGUGGACAUAGUUUCUGUUAUAUGUGUAUCGUUCGUCAUCUACAAAGCAAGAACGACUGUCCUUGUUGUGCUCACUAUCUCACUUCAAAUCAUCUUUACCCUAAUUUUCUACUCAAUAAGUUAUUGAAAAAGAAUUCUGCAAGGCAAGUGGCAAAGUCUGCAACUCCAUUUGAGAAGCUUCGUCUUGCACUGCAACAGGGAUGUGAUGUAUCAGUUAAGGAGCUAGAUGGACUCUUGUCUGUUCUCUCAGACAAGAAAAAGAAAAUGGAGCAAGAAGAAGCUGAGAAUAAUAUGCAAAUUUUGCUUGAUUUUUUGCAUUGUUUAAGGAAGCGAAAAACUGAAGAGCUUAAUGAGAUUCAAAAUGAUCUCCAAUUUGUCAAGGAAGACAUCAAUGUUGUGGAGAGACAAAGAUUAGAUUUAUAUAGGGUAAGAGAAAGAUAUUCAGUUAAACUGAGAAUGCAUGGUGGAGAUCCUUCUGCAAAAAAACCAUGGCCUCCACUGCCUGAUAAGCACAGCUGUGGCACCACUUCUAGCAUCCCAAUGUCUCAGGGUCUUGGAAGCACCUCUGGUAUCCCCAUGUCUACUCAGGGUUUAUGUCUGAUGGGCUCAAGCAGUUUAGAAGAUAGAAAAGUCGAUAAUAGGGCUCUUUUAAAUUCUCAAGUAAAUCAAAAGAAAGAUGCUUAUAGUGGUUCAGACCCACAGAAUGCUUCUCAAUCCGGUCUUGCUAUAGCCAGGAAAAAAAGAGCCCUUACUCGGUUCGGUGACUUGCAAGAGUGUUACUUGCAUAAACGACGUGAGGGGAGUAGAAAGCUGCAUAAACAGGAAGAGAGGGACUCUGAUGUCACAAGGAGAGAGGGUUAUCAUUCAGGACUUGAAGAUUUUCAAGCUGUACUUUCUACGUUUACGCGAUACAGCCGUUUGAGAGUCAUUGCUGAACUUAGGCAUGGUGAUCUGUUUCACUCGGCGAAUAUUGUAUCAAGUAUUGAAUUUGAUAGAGACGAUGAACUGUUUGCCACAGCUGGAGUUUCAAGGCGAAUCAAGAUUUUCGAGUUUUCAUCGGUGGUGAAUGAACCAGCAGGUAAUCAAUGUCCCGUUGUGGAAAUGUCUACAAGAUCCAAACUUAGUUGUUUGAGCUGGAAUAAAUACACAAAGAACCAUAUAGCUAGUAGUGAUUAUGAAGGGAUAGUGACAGUUUGGGAUAUAGUUACUCGCCAGAGUGUAAUGGAGUAUGAGGAGCAUGAAAAACGGGCAUGGAGUGUUGAUUUUUCGCGCACAGAACCGUCAAUGCUGGUGUCAGGAAGUGAUGAUUGCAAGGUGAAAAUUUGGUGUACUAAACAAGAGGCGAGCGUUCUUAAUAUCGACAUGAAAGCAAAUAUAUGUUCGGUCAAGUAUAAUCCAGGAUCUAGCAUGCAUAUCGCGGUUGGUUCGGCUGAUCAUCACAUUCACUACUAUGACUUGAGAAAUGUCAGUCAGCCUCUACACGUUUUCAGCGGCCAUAGAAAAGCAGUUUCUUAUGUGAAAUUCAUGUCUAACAAUGAGCUUGCUUCUGCUUCCACUGAUAGUACUUUGCGAUUGUGGGAUGUAAAAGAUAACAUACCCUUGCGCACAUUUAGGGGUCAUACAAAUGAGAAGAAUUUCGUAGGACUCUCGGCCAAUGGAGAAUACGUUGCUUGUGGGAGUGAAACAAAUGAAGUUUUUGUCUAUCACAAGGCCAUCUCAAGACCUGCAGCUUGGCACAGGUUUGUUUCUUCGGAUGUUGACGAAGCAGAAGAGGAUGCAGGUUCAUAUUUCAUAAGUGCAGUGUGUUGGAAAAGUGACAGCCCGACCAUGCUAAGUGCAAACAGUCAAGGAACUAUUAAAGUUCUCGUUCUCGCGACUUGAUUCUCGCGACUUGAUUCGGUAUUCAGUUUCUUUGAUGAUUGAUUAUUGAAUAUUUUUUCCUUUUUUCUUAUGGUGUUGCUAAACCACAUCAGAUGAAAAGGCUUCAGUCUUGUAAUGAAAAUUGUAUUAUUUAUAACCAAGCAGUCUAUGCUAAGGUCUAAUGUUGUUAUUAUUUAAGUGUAGAAAAAGAGAUGGGGAAAAAUUACUGUUAUAAUAAUAGUAAUUUAUUUAUUAUAAAUAUAAGGUUGCUUUUGAAUA